ACAGGAUUCCCUCCCAUGCCCAACGCCAACUCCAUUCUUUCCUUUUCUUCCUUGUAAUCUGCAAAAAGAGUGCAGAAAAAAACCUUCCCUUAAGCCAACCUCCCAUACCCAUUUUCAUUUCCCGAGAUACAAACAAAACUCUCUUCUUUUACACUCUUUUUUCCCCAUAAAGCUAUCAUCUUUGCUCCAUUUUUGCACCGUGUACAUACACCCUGGUGCAGGAAUAUAGCGAUUAGGAUGGUGCACUACCAGAGAAGCCAUCAAUCUGGGAAGAAAGGGGCUGAUGUUGAUCAUGAGGACGAGGAAUCUCAUCACCCCCUGGGUUUGGUGUGUGGGAAUAAUGGGUAUAACAGCAAGAGAGCAAAGCCCAAGCUUCUGUCUCUCCUCUUUCUGUCUCUUAUUUCUUGCUGCUUUAUUCUUGCUCCCCAGCUCCUCAGCUCUUUUGGCUUUGAAGGUGAUGGGCUUGCUCAUGAAACCGAUUCAAAGGCUUCCUUGUGCUCUUCUAUCUCUAAUGGGAACAUAUGCUGUGAUAGGAGUAGCUUUAGAUCAGAUGUUUGUAUUAUGAAAGGGGAUAUAAGAACAGAUUCUGGUUCAUCAUCAGUUAUCCUUUACAAGACCAAUGAUUAUUACAAUGGUUAUUUUCUGGGCGGUACACGUGGUGAAAAGAUCAGACCGUAUACAAGGAAGUGGGAAACGAGUGUCAUGGACACGAUUGAUGAAUUAGACCUUGUUGUGAAGGGGCAGAAAUUUGGGGUUCAUCACGGGUGUGAUGUUCAGCACAGUGUACCUGCUGUGUUCUUCUCGACGGGAGGGUACACUGGUAAUCUUUACCAUGAAUUCAACGAUGGAAUACUGCCUCUCUACAUCACGUCUCAGCGUUUUGAGAAGAGGGUUGUUUUCGUUAUCCUUGAAUAUCAUAACUGGUGGAUUACUAAGUAUGGCAACAUUCUCUCGCAGCUCUCUGAUUAUCCAGCCAUAGAUUUUCGAGACAACAGGACCCAUUGCUUUCCUGAAGUCCAUGUUGGUUUGAGGAUUCACGAUGAGCUAAGUAUUGAUUCUUCGUUGACAAAAGGUAACAAGGGCAUCGGGGAUUUUAGGCAGCUUCUGGACCGAGCAUAUUGGCCUAGGAUACGAGGUCUAAUUCAGGAUGAGGAACGUGAAGCUCGAGUGAAUAUGGAAAGAUCUGCGUUGUCACCAUCAGCUAAUACCUCAAUAGAGAUGCCAAUAUUGCAUAAGCAAAAUUCGGUGGCGCCUAAACUGGUCAUGAUAACUAGGAAUGACUCAAGAGCAAUAACGAACGAAGACUCAUUGAUCAAAAUGGCUGAAGAAAUCGGGUUCCAAGUCGAGGUUUUGAGGCCUGCUAGGACCACAGAGCUUGCAAAAGCUUAUCGGCUUCUCAAUUCGAGUGAUGUUAUGGUUGGAGUUCACGGGGCUGCCAUGACUCAUUUCCUCUUCUUGAAGCCCGGGGCAACCUUCAUUCAAAUCAUCCCCCUUGGAACAGACUGGGCAGCAGAGACUUACUAUGGGGAACCCGCAAAGAAAUUGGGACUGAGGUACAUUGGCUACAAAAUCCUUCCUAAAGAAAGCUCUUUAUACGAUGAAUACGAUGAAGAUGACCCUGUACUGAAGGACCCUAACAGCGUGAACGAGAAGGGCUGGGAGUUCACGAAAAAGAUAUACCUCGAUCACCAAAAUAUGAGAUUGCACCUUGGAAGAUUUCGAAAGAGACUUCUCCGUGCCUAUUAUCAUUCCGUUAUCAAGACGAAUGAACAGUUUGGUCUUCAAAGUCAGUAAAUUCUUAUCUCAUUUGUGUUUUUAUCACCUAUCAUUUUUAGGCCACUGUAAAUUAGAUCCAGCAGGAAAGAGUAAAAAAAAAAUUAAAAACUUCUUGUUGUAGCAAAGAUCAAAGAUCAGUAGGAAUGCAAUGAAGUUUUUCUCUUUUGGGAAUUUCCUUUGUGAAGCUUUGAAUUAAAUGAUUCUUUGGGUAUUAUUCCACCUGGAUUUGAGACAGUUCCCACUA